GAUCCCGCUUUUGGAAAUGACGGGGAGCCGGUGGACAUGCAAGAAUAUGUGGAGCGUGGCAACCAAAUGGUGAAGGCUGGACGGUUCAAAGCUGCUGCAGGCCUUUUCUCAGAGGCCCUCAAAGCCUGCUCCCAGCAGCGUGCUGUCGAUUUGGAUGUGGAGGUUGAUAUUAUCAAGUCGCGCGCCAAAUGCUGGAAAGCCAUCGGUUGCUUCGCCGAGCUACAGGAGGAUGCCCAGAAGGUCCUGAAAUUGACCGGCAACCGCGAUCAAGAGGCGUUAGAUUGGUUGAGGGCCGCGGAAGAAAACUUGUCUCGGCGCCGUCCAGUGAGUGAUGCAAAGGCUCCAAGCGCAGCAAGCUUGGCGCAGGCGCCACCGAUGACGGGCUCGAAUGCCUUGGGAGGUUUUGGGGCAAAAUGCUCCCAGUGCAACGGACUCGCUUCCAAAUGUGCACAAUGUGGAGCUGGGAUGGAGCGCUGCGGCUACUGCAGUCAGCCUGUGUCACGGGCAAAUUGCUGCUCCCGAUGUCAUUGCACAUACUACUGCGGCCGGGAGUGCCAAAGAUCUCAUUGGAAGGUUCACAAGUUGGUGUGUCAAAGUGCUUUGGAAUGA